UUAACUUAUAUGAGAUUGUCUCUCUUGCUUUAUCAUCCUUGGUCCCCGGUCGCCGGCGUCCAUGCUCACCUAGAAGAGUUUUAGUGCUUCUGGAAGACUGGAAUCAUUCCUUUUUUAAUGGAGGACAGAUGUGUCACCAUAUCUUCUUUGUUUUCAGACUUGAGAGCCCAAAAGUCUUUGUGGAGGUACAGAUCAAGUCUCCAGCAUAAAAGUCCUGUCUUUUUCCACUCUGUUGCUACUUUGAUCAACCAAUUUCACUGUGUCCCUCAGUUUCCAUAUCAACCAAGAUCAAAGCAUUCAUGUCAGGGGGUGCCUCCUUAUCAGUUUUGGUCUUAUUUUUGUGCAUCUCUGGUAGAGCACAAGCUCAAGUUUCUGCUCCUGCUCCUCAACCUCAAGUUACUAAUGCCACCACUGACCCAUCUCAAGCGAGAGCUUUGAAUUCAGUAUUUGAGAAAUGGAAGAUUCGGGCCAAUCCGGAGCAAUGGAACACAACCGGAGACCCAUGCACUGGAGCUGCCAUAAACGCCACCAAAUUUGAUGACACCGAUUACAACCCCUUAAUCAUAUGUGACUGCUCUUAUCAAUCCAGCACCAUUUGCCACAUUACCCAACUGAAAGUUUAUGACUUGAAAGUUGUUGGUGUAAUUCCAGACGAGUUAUGGAGUUUGACUUCUCUCACCAAUCUGAAUUUGGCACUGAAUUACUUGACAGGACCUCUCUCUGCAGCCAUUGCAAAUCUAACUGGCUUGCAAUACUUUACUGUUGGCAUCAACGAUUUAUCAGGCGAGCUACCUAAAGAACUUGGACAACUUACUGAACUGAGAUCAUUGGCUUUUGGAGGAAACAACUUUUCGGGUUCUCUGCCAUCUGAGCUAGGGAAUUUAUUCAAUUUACAACAGCUUUACAUUGAUAGUUCGGGAGUUAGCGGUGAGAUUCCACCAACAUUUGCUAAUCUACAAAACUUGGAGUUUUUUUGGGCUAGAAAUGUUGAACUCUCUGGCAGGAUACCAGACUUCAUUGGGAAUUGGUCAAAGCUUACUUCCUUGAGGUUUCAAGGAAACUCUUUUGAAGGUCCUAUACCAUUUGCAUUUUCCAAUCUGACUUCUAUGCAAGAGCUACGCAUUAGUGAUUUGUCGAAUGCCAAUGGGAGCUCUUCUCUUGCGUUUAUUGAGAAUAUGAAGGCUCUAAAUAUCUUAGAGCUGAGGAAUAACAAUAUUUCUGAUUCAAUUCCUUCCGAUUUUGGAGUAUACCAAAGUUUGUCUCAGCUGGAUUUGAGCUUCAACAAUUUAACUGGACAGAUACCAGACUCACUUUUUAAUUUGAGUUCUCUCUCCAUCUUAGAUUUGUCGUACAAUUAUCUAGAUGGGAGCAUUCCUUCUUGGUUCAAAGAAGAAAAAUUACAGCUUAAUUUAGUUGUCAACAACUUCAGCAUAGAAAGUUUACAGAGCAGUGGUCUUCCUUCAGGGUUGGCUUGCCUUCAAAGAAACUUUCCUUGCAAUCGUGGCCCUGGAAUCUAUUAUAAUUUUGGGAUUAAUUGUGGAGGACCUGAGAUUACGUCUUCCUCCGAUGGAAUUGUGUAUGAGAAGGAAAAUGAGCCCCUUGGACCAGCUUCAUAUUUUGUGACUGGCACAAGCAGAUGGGGAGUUAGCAAUGUCGGAUCUUUCACUGGCAGUACCAAUCCUCAGUAUACAAGUUUCUCCUCAUCUCAAUUCACAAAUACUUUUGAUUCUGUGCUAUUCCAGACUGCAAGGCUCUCUGCUUCAUCAAUUAGAUACUUUGGCUUGGGGCUUCAGAAUGGUAACUACACCGUGAACCUCAAGUUUGCAGAACAUGUCAUUCUGGCUGCUACUACCGGGAAAUUUCUUGGGAGACGUCUUUUUGAUAUUUAUAUCCAGGGCAUUCUGGUAUCAAAGGAUUUUGAUAUACUAAAGGAGGCAGGUAUGUCAUCUUUCCGAGCUGUUCAGAAGCCAUACACGGCUCAUGUUUCGGAGAACUACCUUGAAAUCCAUCUCUUUUGGGCUGGAAAGGGGACUUGCUGCGUACCUGCGCGGGGUACUUAUGGACCUGCUAUUGCAGCCAUCAGUGCUACACCGGAUUUCAUACCUACUGUCAGUAACAACCCUCCAACUAGUAAGAAGAAUCGAACUGGGCUGAUUGUUGGGAUUGUUGUGGGUAGUGGAGUACUUUUGGUUCUGUUGUUUGUGGCUUUUUAUCUUGUUCAAAGAAGAAAAAGGUCUGACCCUGAUGACGGCGAAGAGCUGUACGGGAUAGAUGUUGGACCACUUACCUUCAGUUAUCCUGAACUAAAGACAGCUACAAACGAUUUUGAUGAAGCUCAUAAGCUUGGAGAGGGCGGAUUUGGACCUGUCUAUAGAGGAACACUUAGUGAUGGAAGAGUAAUUGCUGUGAAGCAAUUGUCUGCAGCAUCCCACCAAGGAAAGAACCAGUUUGUAACUGAGAUUGCCACUAUAUCUUCUGUGCAACACAAUAACCUGGUAAAGUUGUACGGAUUCUGCACUGAGGGAGUUAAAAGGCUCCUUGUCUAUGAGUAUCUGGAGAACAACAGUCUUGAUCAAGCAUUAUUUGGAGAGAGAUGUUUAAAUCUUGAUUGGUCAACACGUUUUAAUAUAUGCUUGGGCAUAGCUAGAGGUUUAACUUAUCUUCACGAAGAAUCAAGGGUUCGAAUUGUACACAGAGAUGUGAAGGCCAGUAAUAUUCUGCUUGACACUAAUCUCAUCCCCAAGAUAUCGGAUUUUGGUUUGGCUAAGCUUUUUGAUGAGAAAAAGACCCACAUAAGUACCCGUGUUUUCAUUAGUGGUACGCCCCUAAAGAUCAAAUGUUUUCAUUUUCUUCGAGGACGGCGUGAGAACAUAUACACGCAGCUUUUGAUUCUUCAUGUAUAGAGUGAAACUCUCAAUCAUUGUUUUUGUAUCUAAUUCUGUCUUUUGGUUGGACGUUGAAGAUAAACUGGAGCUCUGGAACUUCUUGUAAAUGGAAAAGUAAUCAGAACUUACAGGUUAUGAAA